AUGACUGAAGAUAUCCGAAUAACUAACGAAGGACAGGUACCAGUAGAUGUUCGUCAAGCAUUAUUACGUGAUGGAACCGAUGUUCAAACAAAAGUUGGUCAUGUUGCUAAAUUUAAUCAUGAUGGAGAAAGCAGUAAACUUGAUGAAAAUAUUGCAGUAGAAGAUUUUGAUAAUUAUAAAAAACCAAAAGAUAAUAAUGAAUUUAUUGGAUUAACUAAAGAGGAAUUAAAAGCAUAUAUAAGUAAUCCAAAAUGGAAACGUAUUCGUUGGUUAAUUGCUAUUUUAUAUCUUUUAUUACUUGUAUUACUUCUUGGUGGAGCUAUUCUUUUGGUAAUAUUUUCUCCACGUUGUCCACCAAAACCAAAACUUGUUUGGUAUCAAAAAGAAAUUAUUUAUGAACUUGAUGUUACAACAUUUCGUGAUUCUAAUCAAGAUGGAAUUGGAGAUAUUAAAGGUGUUCAGGAAAAAUUAAAUUAUUUGGAAAAAAAUGAUAUAAAAGUCAUUCUUCUUCAACCAUCAAUAUUCAAUGUAACAGCUGGAACAUCAAUUCAAUUAAAUGGACAAACCGCUCGUGCUACAAACACUGAUUUAUAUACAAUUGAUCCAUCAGUUGGAAAUGAUAAUGAUUUAAAAGAUUUAUUGAAAACUCUUAAUCGAAAAGAUAUGCGUUUAAUUAUUGAUUUACCAUUAUCAUCAACAUUUGAUCCCAAUGGUUAUUCAUGGUAUGGAUCUAAUUCAUCACUUCCUUCUAAAAUAAAUGUAAUUAAAUAUUUUCAAAUUAAAAAAAAAAAAAAAAAAAAAAAAAAAAAA